GCUGGGCAUUUUUGCAUAAAUAAAUUGCGCGAUUCCCGCCUCCUACAGCCCAGCCAACCACAAAGCGCACGCAUUCCCAACACUUGAUGAGCAACUAGCCGCUGCAGCCAACACUUUCUCCUCCCUUAUCCCCUAUUUCCACACUCUUAUUUUCCUUUGCAAUUUUGUCGUGACCCUUUAGCACAACCCACCACGCAACACCACCGCUUCCACACCCCACCACCGGCUUUCACUCAAAAUGUCUAACACCUGUGUUUCCCCAAACAAGGCAGGCGAGGGCUCCGGCAUUGGCAGUGGUGCUGUUGGCGUUGGUAAGAGCAGCGCGGGCAAGCGCAAGCACUCGAUGGUCGUGCUCACAUCAGGGGCCGAGAUCGACCUCAACGACCUGCCGCCGCCUCGGCCUGGCCGGCCCUCAGGCAAGACGCCGCAGGACCCGGCAAUGCAGGAAGCCCGUAAGCGGGCCCGUGUUCUGCGCAACCGUGCGGCGGCACAGCUGUCUCGCGAGAAGAAGCGCCAGCAUGUCGAGUCGCUCGAGAACGAGAACGCCGAGCUGCAGGCCAAGAACGCCGAGCUCGAGCAGCGGCUGACAAAGGCCGAGACGAGCAACCUCGAGCUAUCGAGCAAGCUUGACUCGCUGGCGCAGCAGCUGCAGUCGCUUCAGAGCCUGAUUCUGGGCGGUGCAGCACCCGUUGCUGCUGGAGCAUCGACUCCGGCGGCGGCAGCAGCCAUCUCGCAAGCAGCAACGCCGGGCAUGUGGAGCAGCCUGCCCACGCCUAUGGCAGCAUCGCCGCUCAACCAACCGCUGGCCCAGCUUGGCCUGUCGCCCGGCGAAGCCCCUUUUUCUCUUACCAGCGCCGAUCUCUCAAACAGCAUCAUCUCACGUACCCCCUCCUCAGCCACAGUCGCCAUGAGCGCGACAUCGUCGUCGCAGUCGCCCUCGCUGGGCACUGCUCUGUCGUCGAUUCCGAGCACCAACACUAGCACCUCUGAGUCCACCACAGCAGCCACGGAGCUGUUCCCUGGCGUUGCUCGCACCACAACACUCACCAGCAAGGGCUUGUCCGAGUCGGCACGGAUGCCUUUGCAGUUUUCGGUGAGUUUGGGUCGCAAGCAGCCGGGGACAUGCUCCUCAACCAGUUCAUCGACGAGCUGGCGGCAGCAGGUAGUGGACACGGCAGUGCAGGCGAUUGUCUCGGCGUCGGCAACGAGCAGCCCACAGGCGGUCUGGACGAUCUUUUGCGCCUUGUGGUGGACCCUGUGCCAAAGUGGGGGGUGGAUCAGUCGGCACCAGGCGUCGCAAAUUGCGCGUGGGGUUUUGGACCAUCCCCAGCAAGCACGCGUUAGCAAGGCGCCGCGCGGGCUGGCAGUUGUUGCCAGCUGGCUUGCAGCCGGGACCAAGACAGCACGGGCGCUGCGGCGCGUCGCUGGUGAUGGCCCGGUGGACCAGGUCAGGGCAUUGGUUGCCCGGCUGAGCGUGGCCAUGAAGGCCGUCGAGGGCAGCGCAAAGUACCGCCGGCGCGGCCGACAGCCGGGCGACAAAAGCAUGUAUACUUUGUCUCAGAAAAUCUCUUAGCAACACUUUGUCGUUUUUCAUUUAAUCCAGUCAUUGAUCUCUUGG